AGCCUCUACUACUCCGAAGGACAUGUUGGUGACGGUUUCAAAGAGCGUUCUCAUCCUUCUCCCCUGCAUGUUGCUGCAUCCCGUGUUUGCAGCGCACAGUCAGAUGUGUGACAUGGUGAAGGAGAUAGACAAGGAAAGGGGCCUGUGUGAGGCUCAGAUUGAGAACAAAACAACAGGUUGCAGCGGAACGUGGGAUAAGAUCACCUGCUGGCCCAGUGCUGAUGUUGGAGAAAUGGUCACCAUCCCUUGCCCAAAAUAUCUCUUCUACUUCUCUGGGGACAUUUCCACACGUAACCUGUCAAAGACCUGCACUGAGGGUGGCUGGACCCCAAUCAGCAUGGACUCAUACGUAAUGGACUGUGGAUAUAAUCCCAACAACACCAUGGAUGAUAAUACUUCGGGAGAGUUCUUCGACGCUAUCAAAGUGGGUUACACGAUCGGUCACAGCGUGUCCCUCUUUUCUCUGACGAUCGCCAUCAUCAUACUGUGUCUCUUUCGGAAGCUGCACUGCACAAGAAACUACAUCCACAUGCAUCUGUUUGUGUCUUUCAUACUGAAAGCUGUGGCUGUUUUCAUCAAGGACGUGGUUCUAUAUGACGUUGGGGAGACAGACAAUUGCCAGUCAACUGUGGGCUGCAAGGCAGUGCUGGUCUUCUUCCAGUACGGGGUCAUGGCGAGUUACUUUUGGCUGCUGGUGGAGGGCCUCUAUCUCCACACUCUGUUAGCAGUUUCCUUCUUCUCGGAGAGGAAGUACUUCUGGUGGUACAUCCUGAUUGGUUGGGGCGCUCCAACCAUCUUUAUCUCAGCAUGGGUGAUUACAAAGGCUUAUUUAAAUGAUCCGGGAUGCUGGGAGAUAAUCGACGACAGCCCAUGGUGGAUCAUCAAAACGCCUAUUUUGGUCACCAUACUCGUUAAUUUUUUCCUCUUCAUCUGUAUAAUCCGGAUUUUGCGACAGAAGAUGAAUUGCCCCGACAUCGGAAGAAAGGAAUCCAAUCAGUAUUCGAGGCUGGCUAAAUCCACUCUGUUGUUGAUACCUCUCUUUGGCAUAAACUACAUCAUUUUUGCCUUCAUUCCUGACCACAUCCACCGACAAGUGAGGAUGGUCUUCGACCUCAUUCUGGGGUCAUUUCAGGGUUUUGUCGUUGCAGUUUUGUACUGCUUUCUGAACGGUGAGGUACAAGCGGAGAUGAAGCGUAAAUGGCGCAGGUGGAUGCUGCAGAGGUUCCUGGGCGCUGACACCAAGUACCAGCAGCCCUCCAUAGGCAGCAACGGCAACAACUUCAGCACCCAGAUCACCAUGUUCACCAAAUGCAGCCCCACGACACGCCGGGCGUCUGAGUGUCAGGAGCACCUCUCUGCCAUCUGAAACCCAUCUACUGUUAACUCCCCUCUU